AUGAACAUCAAUGGUCAUAUAAUGGAUGAACAAUAUUGGAAUACUAAUGGUUGUACUGUUCUUCAUUGUGCUGCUAAACACAUAGAUGUUGUAAAGUACCUCAUUAAUGAGUGUAACUGUAAUAUAAUGUCUCACGGUAAGAAUGGUGUCCCUUUUCUUCAUUAUGUAGCUAGUGAAGGAUUACUUGAUGUCUUGAAGCAAAUGAUCAUGAACAUCAAUGGUCAUAUAAUGGAUGAACAAUAUUGGGAUACUAAUGGUCGUACUGUUCUUCACUGUGCUGCUAAACACAUAGAUGUUGUAAAGUACCUCAUUAAUGAGUGUAAAUGUGGUAUAAUGAUCACUGAUAAAGAUGCAAAUACUAUUCUACAUGCUGCAGCUAGUAAAGGGUCACUUAAUGUCAUAAAAUACCUCAUCAAUACUUGUCACUAUAAUCCAAUGACUACUAAUAAGAAUGGUGAGACUGUUCUUCAUCUUGCUAUUAAGCACAUAGAUGUUGUAAAAUACCUCAUUAAGGAGUGUAACUGUAAUAUAAUGGAAACUGAUGAGGAUGGAUGGACAUCACUUCAUCUUGCUGCCUGGUUAGGUACACUUGAAGUAAUUGAAUACUUAUUAUUUACUCGUAAAUGUGAUCCUUUAGCUAAAGACAAAAAGGGUAGGACACCCUUAGAACUAGCUAAAAGGAGACGGCAUAAUACCGGUACUGUCAUUGCUAUCUUUAAGAAGUUUGGUGACAUUAAAAUAUCUCAUCCAAUUGAUUCUUAUGUUAAUGUUCUCCUUGUGGGUAAUCCUGGAGCUGGUAAAAGUACUCUUAUAGUCACGUCAUCAAGGACACAGCUAGUUUUACUCUUCUUGGUUCCUUUAGAAAUGUUGGAGGGGUAGUGCCCUGUACUGCUGGCAUCAUUCCUUAUAAACUACAACACAGG